AUGCAUGCACGAAAAUCAACUGGUGGGUCUGUUCCAGAAACGUUUUCUGCUCAUAAUAAAGAAGGGUCUGCUUAUGUCCACAAUGCGAUCGCAGGUCUCCUCACAAGAAUCUUGAAUGAAGGUCACAAGGUAGCAGGAAUAUCUGUUCCUUUAGCCCAAGUUCUUGCCCCUGAGAACAGAGAAGAUGAUCAAGUUGAUGCUAGCAAAGAUCAUGUUGAUGUUGAGACAUCUGAAGCCAACAAUGUUGAGGGUUCUGAUGCUAAAAAUGCUGAUGCAUCUGGAGAUAAAGAUGCUAAGAUUCUUGAAACAGAGAAAGCUGAAGAGGUCAAUGCUACUUCUCCUAAAGAGAAGCCUACUUGCCCUAUUGACAGUGUAAAUGAUGUGGUGGAUCUGGAUAAUCUUGAUGAUCCUAUUGACAUUGCUGAUGAUGACCUCAUCUCCAGCAUUUCCAACAGAUUCAAGGCUCGAAGGGGAAAGCAGGUUGAUGAUCAACAUCCUCCCAAAACAAAGGUUGCUCCUCUAAAGAAUGCCACCAAAGAAAAGGUCAAGAAGAAGAAGAUUGCUGUCACAAAAUCCUCCACAAAGGUCCGUGAUGUUCGUUUGGACAAUAUUUAUCUGCACUAUGCUUCAAAUGCUAUCCAGUGGAAGUUUGUUUAUCAAAGAAGGCUGGCUCUGGAAAGAGAACUUGCAAAUGAUGCUCUGGAAUGUCAAGAGGUCAUGAAGCUCAUCAAAUCUGCAGGAAGAGAUGCUGAGGCUCAACCUGAGCUUGAAGUGACUGACAAUGAAGUAUGCAAAGUCAUCACUGGUGGUAAGGUUAAAAAAUGGCCCAUAAAGAGUAAAUUGUCUGCUAGUCUUUUGAAUGUCAGGUAUGCCUUGCUGCAGAAAAUUGGUGCUGCAAACUGGGUGCCUACCAAUCACACUUCUACCAUUGCUGUUGGCCUAGGAAGAUUCAUAUAUGCUGUGGGAACGAAGACAAAAUUUUACUAUGGGACUUAUAUAUUUGAUCAAACUAUGAGACAUGUUGGUACCUCUGCUACCAAGCUUCCCAUUGCUUUUCCAUCCCUGAUAUGUGGGAUAAUCCUCAAGCAACACCCUGGAAUUCUGAAAGCUAAAGAUUCUGUAUGUAAGAGGGAGAGUGCUUUGUCUUUCCACUAUAAGCUGCUCCAACGGUCAGAUGACAUGACAUCUGCUGGGACAUCACAACCCAGCAAGUCUGUGAACAAAUCCUUUCUCAUUGCUGAGCUGAAAGAGACUUGUAAAGAGUUGGACAACAGGAAGAUGAAGCUUGAAAAGCUCAUUCAAAGUCUUGAGUAG